UCAUUAAGUAUAGUUUUUAAUAUAAACACCCUAUCUCAACACCUCGAAAUGUAUGAUUUUUUAUUUACUUUUAACGCUCUAUGCUGAACAAGUACGCAUACAAACUAUCAUUUAUUCAACUAACCAGCGUAUUCAAUCAUAAACAAAAAAUAAAAUGAAUACGAUGGAAAAUUUGUACAAGAAAUGUAUUAUGGAUUUCAAUACCACAAGAGAUUACAAUUUUAAAUAUUGUGAUUGUGAAAUCAAUAAAUGCUAUCGACAUAGGGAAUUAUUGAGAGAUGUCUACCAUACCGGAAAAUAUAUCAACAUUUGGGCCGAUGCGGUGGUCGAAUAUUUCGUUAAUAAUGCAGAGUAUGAAAAAUAUGAGGCAAUUACUAACGAUUUAAUUGAACGCUCAUCGAUCGAUCUGGAGAUUUAUUUACGAGAAUUUUAUGAAAAGCUAUUCACCGUAAAGUCUGAUUAUGGGCAUAAACGUUGGUUUGAAGGUAGCAGUCAAAAGUUGAGGAGUAGAUUUAAAUAUCGUCGUAUGAUAGAUCUUGUUUGCAUGUACAACUUAAUUGUAUCACGUAAACAAGAUGAAUGUUAGCAUUAGCAUUGAAACUGGUUUUCAUUUGACGAUUCAUAUUAGACAUACUAUCGCACCCCAAUUACCUAUCUUAAUUUUAAUUUGGAUGGCGAGACUGUAGAUGAAUAUUCAGAGUGGUAUUUAUAAUUUGUAAAAAAUAAGUUUGUUUUGUUGUAAGUUUAUUAUUUUUUCUUUCAUAUUUUGUAUAUAAUAUUAAUAAUAAUAUACAUUAAGGCUAACAUAAUUAGCAAUUGCUUCUAGUGUUAUGCAUGUGACAGGAUAAAGUACAGGAGGAACAGGUAUAGAUCUUUAAACAUAGUUUUUUCAUAUAUAUAUAUUCUAUUUUACAUCAUGAAAUUUAACAAUUUUUACGUGUGAUAUUGAAUACUGUACAAGUAUGUGCGGUACAAAUACACCAUACAAAUACCUUGUUGUUUAACCGACAAAUGUAUAUACGUUUUUAUUUUAACCAUAUUUAAUAUUAUUUUUUAAUAUAAUAAUUCUAUUGCAGUGAUUGAUAUGUCAAAGCAGACCGACACAAUUACAAUCCCGUCUUACGUAUCAACCACGUUCGCCGCUAGAUUACAAUAUAAUUUCAGACAAUGUCUAUUUACAUAUACACCUUUUGACGGUACCAUCCGUAUAUUUUAACAUUUUUUACAUGUUUAUGUAAACAUUUAUUAUAAGUCUUGCAAUUAAUAUUAUUAU